UACCGAAGCUAAACUCUAGCUUUCACCAAGAAAGAAAGAAAGAAAGACUGUGACUGGAGCAGCAGAGAAACGCUACGAGACAAAACGAGAUCGACUUGAUCAGAAAAGAUUUCUCAAGCUCAAACUCUAAGACUAAAGGAAGACUUUCUCAACAAGACUUAAGGAAAAACUCAAAUCUAUUCCUACAAAGAAGAAAAGAUGUCUGCUGGAAUGAAGAAAAUGAUUUUGCUGCCUUUCCUGUGCAUCAUGCUCUCAUACACAGCUGCAGGUCAGGAGUGCAGCGGCCAGUGUUCCUGCCCCUCCACUCCCCCUCAGUGCGCCCCUGGAGUGAGCCUUGUGCUGGACGGCUGUGGCUGCUGCAGGGUGUGUGCCAAACAGAUGGGGGAGCUCUGCACCGAGAAAGACGUCUGUGACCCGCACAAAGGCCUCUACUGUGACUUCGGAGCCCCCAUCAACAGACGCAUAGGAGUCUGCACAGCUCGAGAUGGAGCCACCUGUGUGUUCGGAGGAAUGGUGUACAAGAGCGGAGAGACUUUCCAAAGCAGCUGCAAGUACCAGUGUACCUGUCUGGAUGGAGCUGUUGGCUGUGUCCCUCUUUGCUCUAUGGACAUCCGGCUGCCCAGUCCCGACUGCCCCAUGCCCAGACGGGUCAAGGUGCCAGGGAAGUGCUGCGAGGAGUGGGAGUGUGAUUCUCCCUACAGACACAGUUUCAUGGGCUCUGUUUUGCCUGCUUACAGAGAGGAGGAGACCUAUGGCCCAGAUCCCUCCAUGAUGAGGGAGAACUGCCUGGUUCAGACUACUGAAUGGAGCGCCUGCUCUAAGACCUGUGGCCUUGGGAUCUCCACCAGGGUCACCAAUGAUAACCGUGAAUGCCGCCUUGAGAAACAGACCCGGCUUUGCAUGGUGCGACCCUGCGAGUCACAGCUGGAGCAGAGCAUUAGGAAAGGGAAAAAAUGCAUCCGUACUCCCAGACUCUCCAAGCCCAUGAAGUUUGAGAUCUCUGGCUGCACCACCACCAAGUCCUACAGGCCAAAGUUCUGUGGCGUCUGCCUGGACGGCCGCUGCUGCACCCCCCACAGGACCACCACCCUGCCCAUGGAGUUCAAAUGCCCCGACGGACAGGUCAUGAAGAAGCACAUGAUGUUCAUCAAGUCCUGCGCCUGCCACCACAACUGCCCUGGGGAGAACGACAUCUUCGAGUCCAUGUAUUACAAGAAGAUGAUGGGAGACAUGGCGUGAGCCACUGAAGGACGAUCAGAGCUUAUGACUUGAAAAAAAAAAAAAAAAACAGAACUCCAUCUCAUUUUGCAGCUCAGUAUAUAUGUUUUUUCAUGUUUUAUUUUGUCAUUUUCUCAUUGUAAAAGUAGUCCAGACACUUGUCUAAGUGUCUGUGUGUUUUGUAUGGCUGGUGCACAUCAGCCACAUUGACUCAGACAGAGGGUUGCAUAGCAGCUCCAAGAGAUUCCUGCACUAUAACUUCUAUGUUUGACAAACCUGCUGCCAGGUUUCUUCCCAUUCCCCUUGAAAUCUUUUUUACAAACCCGUCCAUUUUUUGGUAUGCAUUUUUUAUACCUUAUCUAAACCUUGACCUCCUCUAAAAUAAUGAGGUGUCUAAUAACUCCCUCCACCCACCGAGCCCAGACCAGACCUGCAAACUCUAAGCAGCUGAAGAGGGAGCACGCAGACCACAGCAGGCCAGUGUUCCCCUGUCCAAACAGGUCUGAAUGUGUCCUUGUGUGUGUGUAUGUGAGUGUGUGUUUGUGUUUGUUAGUGCAGGCCUGAAUGUCAGCCUUGUCUGUAUCUACGCUGUUCACUCUGCUCACAGAGUAGAGGAAAGGUCAGAGUUUCCACCCAGCAUGUGGAUGAGAAAGAAAGCAGCAUGCUGAGUUAAGGGUUAGAUAUGGAACAGAGUGGGCUUUGCCACGGCACUGAGGAAAAAAAAAAAAAAACAGACGAGU